AUGUUCAGUUCCACUAGUCCUAUGAAUAAUAACCUUAUGACGUCUAGUAUUGUAUCGUCUGCACCAAGUGAUACGAUUAUUUCCUCAACUACCGGUAUUCAAGCUGAUUACAAUAAUACCAUCGGCUCAUCAACUACUCUACCGUCUGGAAUCACAUAUACAAAGGAUAAUGAAGACAUUCAAUUUAUCAACACCACAUCUACGUGUUUGAAUCCUGUUUCAGACAUUUGUACCAAAGUUUUCAAUGAAGUUGAAGCAACUAGUAUAUUAGAUCCAAUUAAUUCACAUCAGGUUUCUUCAUUAGAAGCUGCUGUGGCAGCAGCUGCUGCGGCCUUGGUCGUCUCAUCGAAAAACUCUACAGCAAUAUUACCGGUUCCUACUUAUGGUGAUCCUGCCAACCAUUCAGCUCUUCUCGCUGACUUAUCAGCAAAAGAUACUAGUUCUAAUGCUCAAAUACAAGAUAAAACAGAAACAAACUAUUCCUUUACUCAAUCAAGCUCUUCUAUAACUCAGAAUCAUAAAGUUUCAUUGCCUUCCCUGUGUGGAGACUUACAAUUGCCACUGAUUACUUCAGCUACGAUCACAUCCAGUGCCUCUCCUACAGUUACUAGUUCCAUCAUGAAUUCUGGAACAGCAGCUGCUCUAGCAGCUAAUCUAGUCAACGUUGGGCCGAAACGUCUUCAUGUGUCCAAUAUUCCAUUCAGAUUCAGAGAAGCAGAUCUUCGUCAGCUUUUAGGACCAUUCGGUACCAUUCUGGAUGUAGAAAUCAUCUUCAAUGAACGUGGUUCCAAGGGCUUCGGUUUCGUCACAUUCGCAACAGGCGAAGAAGCUGAUCAUGCAAGAGAAAAUUUAAAUGGCACAGUAGUUGAAGGCAGAAAAAUUGAGAUUAAUAAUGCUACUGCACGGGUUAUGACAAAGAAAAAGUCUGAAUCACCGACACUCCUGAAAACAGCAACAACGCUUCGAGGUGUCAGGGCCCUUGUACCAAAUACAUCUUCAACAGCUGCAAUAGCCGCUGCCGCAGCUGCAUUGCGUGGUGCAGCAGGAAUUACAUGUGGAUUACCAGUCGUUUCAAUGCCAACACCCAGUAACUUAACGUCUAUGGUUGUCGGUUCAGGUAUUAAUGGACUAUUACAAAAUCAAGCUUGUUUUGCAAACGCAAACCCUACACUCACAAAUAUGGCUGCCUUGCCGACUGGUAAUACAUUUAAUGCGAAUCAAGCUUUAUUAGCAGCUGCAAUGGCAAGUGCUUCAGGGACACCCAUGAACUACAAUCCAGCAGCUGCGGCGGCAUUUUGUUUAGCUGGAGCCGACCCAAAUACCGCAGCUUUACUUGCUAGCUAUGCUGCCGCAGCGUUCGGGGGAAUUGGAAGUUCAGGUCCCGGAUGUCUUGGAACCAAUAAUGGCUCCGUCAAUGGAACUGCACCAUCAACUGCCAUUCAAAAUUUUGGGUCACCAUCUCAAGCACCUGGUUUAGCGAAUUCUUUAGCUGCUAUGGCAAUGUUUCCCUCGACAGGAACUAUUUUAGGACCAAAUGGUCACACCCCACUGGUUCAGUGGUUCGAUCCUAGUUCAAAUAUGGGUGUUGAACUAGAGUUACAGCAUCGUAUUCAACAGCAACAGCAACAGAUUCAAGCGAAUCAAAGGGCCCUAGCAGCAGCUGUAGCUGCUGGCUUUACACCUGUAAGUUUUCCUGCCACGAAUACGAUUGAAAACUUGACGGCAUCGAUUUCUGGGAAUCCUGUUGGGUUGUGUGGAGCCUUUUCGCCAUCUCAAGCAGCUGCAGCUGUGGCUGCAAAUAUGCUGAGGGCUUUUUCAAACUCAACAAAUUCGCUUAGUGCUGCUAAUUUAACAUCAAACCGAUCUGGCACAACCAACUCAAAUAUACUUGCUAGCUCAGCCUCCGGUUCACAGAACGCUACGGCUGUGCAAAUUCAAGCAAAUGGAACUCAUACUUCAAUCUCUGGAAGUCAAGUUGCGGUAAGUGCGUCAAAUACACCAGGAGUGGUCCAGACUUCACUUUCUGGAACAAAUCAACCUGCGAUGGCUGCUGCUGCUGCAGCAGCAGCAGCUGCAGCUUCCCAACAUUUUCCCACACAGACGUCAGUUAGUCCAACAGUGAUGUCCUAUUUACCGGAUUUAAAUGCAGCGGCGGCCGCAGCAGCUAGCAUAGAUCCUUAUCUAAACAGACUUGCAGCAGGUUAUGCGAUAAACAAUGCAGUGGUCACUACACCUGCAAUAUACCGAACUAACUCAAGCUAUCAACGUUUCUCGCCUUAUUAA